CAACAGGGCUCACAUUCUCUAUCAACCAAAACUUUUCUUCUACUUCUCUCUCUCUAUCUAUAUCUCUAUAUUGUUGAGCUACAAGUGAAAGUACUUGUACUUGCUAUAGUGAUCACCAAGUUAUAGCAUCUAAAAAUGUUGUCUAGCAAAGUUAUUGGCGACUCACAUGGACAAGACUCAUCCUACUUCCUUGGAUGGCAAGAAUACGAGAAGAAUCCUUUCCACGAAACCUUUAACCCUAGUGGGAUUGUUCAAAUGGGUCUUGCUGAAAACCAGCUUUCUUUUGACCUAAUAGAGACGUGGCUUGAAGAGCAUCCAGAAGUCUUGGGUUUGAAGAAAAAUGAAGAGUCGGUGUUUAGACAAUUAGCUCUGUUCCAAGAUUACCAUGGCUUGCCAGCUUUCAAGGAUGCCAUGGCGAAAUUCAUGGGGAAGAUCAGAGAGAACAAAGUGAUAUUCGAUACGAACAAGAUGGUGCUCACAGCUGGCUCAACCUCGGCUAACGAGAGUCUAAUGUUCUGUCUUGCUAAUCCAGGAGAUGCAUUUCUUAUCCCUGCACCUUAUUAUCCAGGGUUUGAUAGAGAUCUCAAAUGGAGAACAGGAGUAGAGAUUGUUCCUAUCCAUUGUGUAAGCUCAAAUGGGUACAAGAUAACGGAGGAUGCAUUAGAAGAUGCUUACAAACGAGCUCGCGAACUUAACCUAAACGUUAAAGGAGUUCUCAUAACAAACCCUUCAAACCCUCUUGGAACCUCUACCACCCGUGAAGAGCUUGAUCUUCUUCUGACCUUCACAUCCACCAAGAAAAUCCAUAUGGUAAGCGAUGAGAUCUACUCGGGAACGGUUUUCGACUCUCCUGAGUUCACCAGCGUUCUAGAAGUGGCUAAGGACAAGAACAUGGAUUUGGAUGAGAAAAUCCAUGUUGUUUACAGUUUGUCCAAAGAUCUAGGCCUCCCUGGAUUUCGUGUAGGUUUGAUUUACUCAAACAAUGAGAAAGUGGUGUCAGCCGCGACGAAAAUGUCCAGUUUUGGACUCAUUUCUUCCCAAACUCAACAUCUGCUAGCCAAUUUGUUGUCUGACGAAAGAUUCACGACCAACUACUUGGAAGAGAACAAGAAGAGGCUGAGAGAGAGAAAAGACAGGCUUGUCUUGGGUCUAAAGGAAGCGGGGAUCGGUUGCUUGAAGAGCAAUGCAGGUUUGUUCUGUUGGGUUGACUUAAGACACCUCUUGAGUUCCAACACUUUUGAGGCCGAGCACUCUUUAUGGACAAAGAUUGUGUGUGAAGUUGGUCUUAACAUCUCUCCAGGCUCAUCGUGUCAUUGCGAUGAACCUGGUUGGUUUAGAGUUUGUUUCGCGAAUAUGUCCGACCAAACGAUGGAGGUCGCUAUGGACCGUGUUAAAGGUUUCGUAGAGAACAAUACUCGUGGUAAGCAAAAGAGAACCAUGUGGGAUACAAGAAGAAGAUCUCUUAUCAACAAAUGGGUCUCCAAGCUUUCCUCUGUUACCUGUGAAUCAGAACGUUGAUCGAUUUUUCGAAGAAUAUCUCGUUGAUUGCUUUUUCAUAUUAUUAUUGUUUUUUUCAUAUGGUUUUUCACUCCAGAUUUGGCGCAAGCCAUUCUGGAGUUUAGCUCUACAAAAUAAAGGAAAUAAGUACUG